CGAAGUGGCGGGAUGGGCAUAUCCAAGAAGAAGCGAGAGAAGAUGCAAGACGUCUGCGACUGGUCGAUGGCCGUGCCCGUCGCCCGUGGCCGCCUCACACCCAUGGAGCCUCUAGCCAUGAAGGGUGAUCCCGGCUUUGGGAGGCUCAUGCUGGACUUGUCCCUGCCCGUGCCACCACCGCGGUGCGCCGUUGGCGCCCGGCAAGCGACCUCGGGCGUGAAGAAGGAAGAGAAGUUGCCAAGCGCAGGGCCUCUCGUUGUUUCGCCGAGUCAAGUCCCAAAGCGCCCAUACCCCGAAGAGGCGUACGCUACCAACGUGCGCAACGUCCGGCGCGCGUUUGACCGGCGCUGCUCCGUCGAAAGUCCCAGCAAAUCGUCUGCCACCCCGCCGGCUUGGCCGCGGCAGCGUCUGCAGGCAGCGCCUUCGCUGGAGCCCGAGUUGAUGAACGCCUUUGUCAAGCUCGAGACCCGGCCACUGCAAGACGCAGCGCCACGGGUCGCCACCGCAAGCGUCUAUAGCCGCGCCGCGCCGCGUGCAUCGUGGCCCGCGCUUCCAGAGUUUGUCGCUCCGAUACCGAACUUUGUACCAGUCGUUGCUUCAACGUCUGCCGCCGCACCAGCGGCGCCGACCAUCCCGCCAGAGCUUGCAGCACCGACAGUAAACCCGGCGCACCUGGACGAUACGGAAGUGCGGUCGCCAUUGGAGUCCAUGGACGAAGACGCCAAUGAAGUCGCUCUGGACGACGAUGAGAGCGGUGUUCGACCGAUGCCACAAAUGCAGGACGAGUACGACGACGGUGCACCCUACGGCGGUGGGUUUGCGUUGACCGCCGGCAACGUCGUCGGCGAGGUGGGCGAGAUGUAUUCGCAAGACGGAUACAAGUUGUAGCUUCAACGAUACACUUUGAAUAUACUUGGCCCUUCAA